AUGGGCUCGCCAAGUAAAGAGGAGGUCUACGUGACAGUGUCUGCCCUCGAGGCAGGACAGCUCACUCUACCUGAACGCCUGUUCAUCACCGAUGCCGACCCCGAAAAGAAAGCGACCGUGCCUUCCCUAUCGUUCCUGAUACAGCAUCCGUCUCCAAAUGGGAAAGUGACCAAGUUCGUCUUCGACCUGGGUCUCAAGCGUGACCUGACCAAAUACCCGCCUGCGCAACAAGCUCAUAUUGCCAAUCGUCAACCUACUAUCCUCCAUCCGGACUGCGCUGAUAGUCUACGAGCAGGAGGUCUCGAUCCCGCAAAGGAUAUCGACAUAGUCAUGCUGUCUCACGUUCAUUGGGACCAUGAGGGCAGCCCCGAUGAUUUUCCCAACUCUCAGUUCGUCGUCGGGUCCGGGACACUGCACUUGUUGGAAAACGGGGCGCCACCUCACUAUCCGAAAGAAAUCUUCAAUCCAAAUCUCCUCCCAAAGGAUCGCACAUCCGAAUUACCGCCAACGAGCAAGGAAAGCACCACCGCCGCCAAGUCGCAGACGAAGCAUGUGUGGCGACCAUUCGCGGGAUUCCCCAAUACAGUAGACUUCUUUGGCGACGGCAGCUUGUACGUUGUUGAUUCUCCAGGACACUUGUUUGGACACGUUAACCUCCUCGCGCGUCUCAGUCCCACGAAGUGGGCAUACCUGGGGGGUGACUGCUGUCACGACCCGCGGAUCCUUACAGGCGAAAAGGACAUCGCGUUAUAUGAUGAUGGCCACGGAGGGUUGAGAUCUGUGCAUGUGGACACGGAGAAGGCAAAAGAGACUCUGUCAAGGAUUGGGCCCUUGCUCAAGAAACCGUGUCCUGUGUUUGCGAAGGGAGAAACGGGGGGACAGGUGGACGUGGAAGUGAUCGUUGCCCACGACAAGGGCUGGAGGGAGGCGAAUCAGAGCAAGUUCUUCCCAGGAACCCUGUAG